CAAUGGGCGGGGCAUCUUGUUCUCUUCGGCCCCUCCCUACCAAGCUUUUCAAAAAAAUGGCUUCCAGAAAUCGUUUCGUUGCUAAGCCUGUGUCCUUUGAGCUACUGUUUUUAGAAUUGAGGGGGCCACUAAAUGGCCUGUGGUUUGAAUGUUUUCAUUCUCUGAAAGUUGACAAAACAAAAUUACUUCAAAUUCGUGAUAAGUAUAGGAAAGACCCAAAAAUAUGCGUCAUUGAAGGUAUUCGUGCUUGGUUGGAAAACACUGACCCCCCUCCAUCAUGGGAAAGUCUAGUCCCAGUCCUUCGAAAUGUUCUUUUGGAAACAGAAUUAGCCGAUCGUAUUGAACGACUAUAUGUUGAUCCAUCGAAGUAUCCCAAUUACCAGCCUCGUAUGCCUACAUUUUCUACCAGCAAUCCAAAGAUAACUUACGAAGGUGUAAAAUUAUCUUUUGGACCACCUGGAUUCAGUAAUACUGCAUUCUCAUCACUUCUGACGGAUAUGAUGGAUCAAUACAAUGAUGGAGGCUCAUGCUACACUCUUCACUAUGCCAUUUCAUCUCUGUGUUGCCCUGAUGGUACACCAUAUAUUGACUUUGAAAUUAUUCGUUCAACAAUGUCAAUUGAUGGUAUAGUUAUGUCUCUUUUAUUUCAUAACUAUGUCUCAGAUAUGGAUGUAGAUCUUAUUAUUUAUUUAAUGAAAGUUUUGCAGCACUUUGACGCUAUCAGUUUUUCUCUCCAAAUUUAUUAUAAGGAAAGAAGUCUAUUUCAACCAUUCGUUAGGAAAAUAUUGAAUAUAGAUGCAAUAUUUCUCAUCACUUUUGAAUUUCAACGUGAAGUUGCUGUUCCUGACUUUCAGCUAGCAACCAAUCUGAAGGAAAGAGUACAAAUAAUUUGUAACCUGACCAGCUUUCCUUAUAUCAUGCAGUUUAUGGGAUGGUCUGUUGGUCCACUGUGUCUAUAUUAUCAGUUACCAUAUGCAACUAUGCAUCUUGUCCGUAAAUCGUUUCAAACUAUGCCAGAAAGCCUGAAAGAAUUGAAGAUUAAUAAAGUUAAUAUUGAAGUUGGAUCAGCUAAAGAUACUCUUGUUACUCAGUAACAAUGGUAUUAUGAUUCAUUAUAAAUCAUUAUUAUUAUUGAUAUUAUAAUCGCUAUUAUUUCUAAUAUUGAUAAUAUUUUUCAUAACUCAAAUUUCUUUAUUACAA